GCUUUCGCCUUCACAACAGAAUAACUCAUUUCAACUCUCAACUCUAACUUUCCCAUCCUCUUUAAUUUGAGUCUACUAAUUUACCAUCCAUAAUUAUGUGUAAUACUUUCUCUCCAUUUCCCCUUUUAUUUUUCCUCCCUCUUUGCUUUGCUUCAUUUGGAUUUGGAGCUACUUUGCCAGAAGAUGAAGUGCAAGGUCUGAGAGACAUAGCUGUAACAAUUGGGAAAAAGAAUUGGGACUUCAACGUAGAUCCAUGUAGUGGAAAGAGUAACUGGAAAUCGGCUAUUCAAUUGCAAGGUUCAGAAAAUUCCGUGACUUGUAAUUGUUCUUUUGCAAAUCACACGGUUUGUCAUGUUGUCAGCAUUGUUUUAAAAGCACAAAAUCUUUCGGGUAGCGUCCCAACGGAGCUUGGCCGGUUGCCUUUUCUCCAAGAAAUUGACCUCACCCUCAACUACCUUAAUGGUACAAUUCCUAAACAAUUGGCCACCUUAAAUAUUGUCAACAUUUCCUUUUAUGGAAACCGUUUAACGGGUCCUAUCCCAAAGGAGCUUGGAAACAUCACCACUCUCAAAAGUUUGGUAUUGGAGUUCAAUCAAUUAUCUGGAAAUCUUCCUCCAGAGCUUGGGAAUCUUAUCCAGAUUGAAAGACUGCUUCUAACCUCCAACAAUUUCACUGGAGAGUUACCUGCAACAUUUGCUAGGCUCACAACAUUGAAGCAUGUUCGAAUUGGUGGUAAUCAAUUCUCAGGAGCAAUACCCAAUUUUAUACAGAGCUGGAUAAAUCUUGAGAUACUCGUGAUGCAAGGGAGUGGUUUGAGUGGGCCAAUUCCUUCUGGAAUUUCACUUUUGAAGAACCUUACUGACUUGAGAAUUACUGACUUGAAUGGAUCUGAUUCACCUUUUCCACAACUUGAUAACAUGACAAAUUUGAAAACACUAAUGUUGAGGAGUUGCAAUAUUAUUGGAGCCUUGCCUGAAUCUCUUGGAAAACUGACUACUUUGCAAGUAUUAGAUCUUAGCUACAACAAAUUAACUGGACCAAUUCCGAGCAGUUUUGAUGGUCUACAAAACAUGAAUAUGCUAUUUUUAGGUGGGAAUAGUCUCACAGGAUCACUACCUCAGUGGAUAGAUAAACCAGACUUUGUUGAUCUCUCAUAUAACAACUUCAGCAUCAGAGGCAUAGAGCAGCAGACUUGUCAACAGGGAAGCGUGAACUUGUUUGCUUCAUCUUUGAAUGGAAACAGCUUAGGAAAUGUUUCAUGUUUGUCAAACAUUCCGUGUCCUAAAACUUCGUAUUCUCUCCAUAUAAAUUGUGGUGGAAAAGUUGUAACUUCUGAUGGAAACCAGACAUAUGAAGAUGACUCCAAUGCGACUGGACCUGCAAGAUUUAUUUACCCUGGAACAAACUGGGCACUUAUCAACACUGGUCAUUUCUUUGAUAGCAGUCACUCAGAUUACUAUACAUGGUCUAAUACAACUAAGCUUGCAGUGGACAAUGCUGAACUGUACAUGAACGCACGUGUUUCUCCCAAUUCUUUGACUUAUUAUGGAUUUUGCCUGGGAAAUGGAAACUACACAGUGAAUCUCCACUUUGCUGAAAUAAUGUUUACUGAUGAUAAAACAUAUAGCAGCCUUGGAAGGCGUGUAUUUGAUAUCUACAUUCAGAGGAAGUUGGUAGUUAAGGAUUUCAAUAUUGCAAAAGAAGCAGGGGGUGUUGCUAAGGCAGUCAUAAAAAAUUUCACAGCUGUUGUGACUAAUAAUGCCUUGGAGAUCCGAUUAUAUUGGGCUGGGAAAGGAACCACUUCUAUUCCAUUUGGAUCAGUAUACGGUCCUCUUAUAUCAGCAAUAUCUGUUGAUUCUGACUUUACACCCCCAUCAGAAAAUGGUAGAAGCAUAUCUGUAGGGGUUGUGGUUGCAAUUGUGGUUGUUGGAGCAAUUGUUAUCAUCUUUGUAUUUGGCAUAUUAUGGUGGAAGGGUAUUAUACAUCUGAAAAGAUCAGCCAGAGAGUUAAAGGAUUUCAAUUCACCAACUAGUUUAUUCACCCUGCGACAAAUCAAAGCAGCGACAAAUAACUUUGACAAAUCCUUCAAGAUUGGAGAAGGAGGGUUUGGUCCUGUUUACAAGGGUGUUUUAUCAGAUGGCACAAUAGUAGCAAUUAAGCAACUUUCUACUAAAUCAAGGCAAGGGAAUCGUGAAUUUAUAAAUGAGAUAGGCCUGAUUUCUGCUUUGCAACACCCUUCUCUAGUGAAGCUCUUUGGAUGUUGUAUGGAGGAGGAUCAAUUGUUGCUGAUAUAUGAAUACAUGGAAAACAACAGUCUUGCUCGUGCUUUAUUUGUCAAAAGUGAUGACCCUGAAAAUUCUCCGUUGAGAUUGGAUUGGAAAACAAGGCAGAGGAUUUGUGUUGGUAUUGCUAAAGGCUUGGCUUACCUUCAUGAAGAGUCAAGACUGAAGAUUGUUCAUAGGGACAUCAAGGCCACUAAUGUGUUGCUGGAUAAAGAUCUCAACCCAAAGAUAUCUGAUUUUGGUUUGGCCAAGCUUAAUGAAGGGGACAAAACCCACAUGAGCACUAGAAUAGCUGGCACUUAUGGGUACAUGGCACCGGAGUAUGCAAUGCUUGGUUAUUUGACGGACAAAGCAGAUGUCUAUAGUUUUGGAAUUGUUGUAUUGGAAAUUGUUAGUGGGAAGAGCAACACCAUUAGCCAGCCUAUGGAAGAGUGCUUCUCUCUUCUUGAUUGGGUGGAUGUGCUGAAAGAAAGAGGGAACCUAAUGGAGCUUGUGGAUAAGAGGUUGGGUGAAGACUUCAACAAAGAUGAGGCAUUGGUGAUGAUCAAUGUAGCUCUUUUAUGCACCAAAGUCUCUCCAACUCUCAGGCCCACCAUGUCUUCAGUGGUAAGCAUGCUUGAAGGUAGAACCGUUGUUCAAGUGGUGUCAGACACAAAAGAGGUAAUGGAUGAUAGGAAAUUUGAGAUGAUGCAACAAUAUUUCCAACACAGAGGACAAAAUCACAUAAUUGAGAGUCAGAGCCAGAGUGUCCCAACAGAUGAAACUUCUGGACUUCUAUCUGAUACGGGUUCUUCAAGGGGGGAGAUCAAAAGUUAGAAAAAUUUAUAGAAAUGAACAUCUUAUCAUAGUUUUCUGUAUAGAGUUAAAAUAUUAUUCAUUUUUCUACAACAUUUUUAUAUAAUAUUUUUUUAUUUGUAUUUGUCACACAUCACCCAUUUCAUUACAUACUUCUCUCUUCCUCUCUCUCACUUGUGAGUAUAAGUUGUUGUAUAAAAAUUAAGUACACGCUAUAUAAUUUACCCACAGAAAUUCC